UUUCCAUAGUUACCCCCGCCGCGUGUUACGUCAUCGUUGAGGGCGUAGAGGGCGUGGUUCCGGGAGCCGAAGGCAGUUCUGGUGGCGGAUAUCUGGGGUCCUGGUUGUGAGGAGUGGCCUGACCCGGUCGGGCGAGACGGGGAAGGGUGGUAUCUUUUCCGGUUCGGCCGCUUUCUGCCGGAAGACGCUGUCCCGGAGUCCGCCCCCGAUGCCUGCUACUCAUGGGAGGAGUAACUGCCUUUUCAUAGAAAAAGUGGGGAUAGCCCCCGCCUCCUCGUGAAAUUUAUCACACAGUAAAUAUUUAGUAUUUCCUGUGUGCUGGGGAUGUAGUGAAACCAACGCUGAGCCCCUGCCAUCGUUCUCGAACGAGAGACAGACCGCAAAGUAGGCAAUUACAAGACGGUGGAAAGUGCAUCCACGUGAGAAACACAAGGAGAGUUCUUGAAACUAAAUAAGACCCUUCACAAAGCAGAAGUGUGUUUUCUGAUAAUAUAUUCUAUUCGAAGAUGACAACAGGAUCAAAGAAAGCUUCAGCUCAGAACCUUCAGGAAGAUGAAGGACUUCUGAUAGUGAAGAUAGAGGAGGAAGAUUUUGUCUGGCAGCAGGACACUUGCUUACAGAGAAGUGAUCCCCUCAGGCAAGAGCUCUGCCGGCAGCUUUUCAGGCAGUUCUGCUACCAGGAUUCCCCUGGACCCCGCGAGGCCCUCUGCCGGCUCCGGGAGCUCUGCUGUCAGUGGCUGAAGCCAGAAACCCACACUAAGGAGCAGAUCCUGGAGCUGCUGGUGCUGGAGCAGUUCCUGACCAUCCUGCCAGGGGAUCUGCAGGCCUGGGUGCGUAAACAUUACCCAGAGAGUGGAGAAGACGCAGUGACCAUACUGGAAGAUCUGGAGAGAGGCACUGAUGAAGCAGUACUCCAGAUUCCAGUCCAUGGACAUGGACAAGAAAUAUUCAGGAGAAAGGUGACACCUUCUGGACCAGCACUUAAUGUCCAGUUCCAGCCAGUGGACGCCAACGCCCUUCCUGGUUCUUCAGAACCCCAGCUCAUAAUGGACUGUGAUAAUAAGAGUGAAAACAAUGGAUCCAUGCCAAAGUUGGACAUUUAUGAAAAAAUGGAAUCGCAGAGAAUUAUAUCAGGAAGAAUUUCAGGAUUCAUGUCAGAAGGAUCUGCUGAGUCUCAAAACAUCUGUAAGUCUGCAGGCAAGAUAAAGAGGCACUGGGAAAAAGAACCAGAGGAGUCUUGGAGACCAUCAUCUGCUCAGGAUGGAGGUUUUAGUAAAAUCCUCACCCACAAAAAUACACUUACAGGUGAAAUAAUAAGCCAUGAUGGAUGUUCUGAGAGAAGCUUAAAUCUGAACACAAAUGAAUUUACACACCAGAAAUCUUGUAAACACAGUACCUAUGACCAAAGUUUCAAAUGGAAUUCAGAUUUUAUUAAGCAUCAAAGAAUUUAUGCUGGAGAAAAAAUCCAUCAAUACAGAAAAUCUCUGAAGAGCCCAAAUCUUAUUAAACAUGCAGCAAUUUUCAGUGGAGAGAAAACGCAUCAGUGUAAUGAAUGUGGGAAAGCUUUCAGACACAGCUCAAAGCUUAUUAGGCAUCAGAGAAUCCACACUGGAGAGAGACCCUAUGAAUGUAAUGAGUGUGGGAAAGGCUUUGGGGGGAGCUCAGAUCUUAUUAGACACCAGAGAAUUCACACUGGGGAAAGACCCUUUGAAUGCAAAGAAUGUGGGAGAGCAUUCAGCCUGAACUCACAUCUUAUCCUACAUCAGAGAAUUCACACCAGAGAGAAACCCUAUGAAUGUAGUGAAUGUGGGAAAACCUUCAGAGUGAGCUCACACCUUAUUCGACACCUGAGAAUUCACACUGGAGAGAAACCCUAUGAAUGUAGUGAGUGUGGAAGAGCCUUCAGUCAGAGCUCACACCUUAGUCAACAUCAGAGAAUUCACAAGAGGGAAAACCUAUUAAUGUAAAGAACUCAAAUUCAUAUGGAAAUGCUAAGGAAAUAGCAAAACAUGAAAAACAUUGAAUGAAAAAUAAACACUGGUGAGAUGAA